AUGGGACGAAGAAAGAUUGAGAUCAAGGCGAUCAAGGAUGACAGAAAUCGCUCUGUCACCUUCUUGAAGCGAAAGGGUGGUCUUUUCAAGAAGGCUCAUGAGCUUUCCGUUCUCUGCUCCGUCGAUGUCGCUGUCUUUAUCUUUGGCAACAACAAGAAGCUCUACGAGUAUUCAUCAGCAGAUAUGCGAGAGCUGAUCCACCGAUACCAAUAUCACGGCGGUCCCAGCGAGCACAAAGGUCCCGGCGACUUCAACGGCGGCAAUGAUGACGACGAAGAAGAAGAGGGCGACGGUACCCCUCCUCAUGGCCACGAAGGUGUCGAGCACCAUAUGAUGCCCCCUCAAGCUUACGGACAGCAUCAACCCCCAUUUCCUCAAAUUCGACAUCAAACACCUUCAGCUUCACCACCUAUUGGCAAUGGUGGUGGACCUUUCCAAGCACAUCCCGGACAUCCUGUUCAGCGAACGCACACCCCACAACCGUCUCUCGGCGGCUCACGACCGACAUCACGAAACGAUAUGCGCCGAAUGGGUCCCGGUAUGGUUCAACCUCCGCCUCCGCCUGGUCCUCAGCAUCCCGGAAUGAACUACAUGGCUACUCCUCCCAUCUACAACUCGCCUCAUCCUCCCUCUGGUCUAAUUCCUCAACCUGGUCCUCCUCAUCCGCAAUACGCAUAUCACCAACAGUCCGCACCUAUGCCGCCGCAACACCCGCAACAUCAGCAGCACCAGCCACAUCCACAAGGACCCUACAUGGAUGAUCGACGUUCCCCGAUGCCCUCACCUAUGCCGCCUGCUUACAGUUCACAACCGCCGUCACAAGGAAUCCAAGCUCCAGCUCGUCCUACACCGUCACCUCAGCCAGUUCAACAACAUGUUCCUCCGACCUUGUCGCAAAUGUCGCCGCCGCCUCCUCAACCUGAACGUCGCCUGCAAGAUCUUCCGCCACCACCGCCGCCUCCCGUCGAAAUCAAGACCGAGCCCCAAGAACGCCCUCAGCCACCUCUAUUGAAUACGGACAGCGCUAUCAAGAAGCUGCCUCAAAGAAAAUCCCACAGCAUCUUUACGCCUAUUGAAGAGAACCGAUCUAUCUUAUCACAGCAUCUUGCAUCAUUCACAUCAGAAUCCAACAAAUCAGAAUCGGCUGCGGCCGCUGCAGCAGCAAAUGCCGCCAAUGCCGCAAACCGUUCUCAGUCGGUAGAUGUGGCUGCAUUGAACCGGGCCGCUGACGCGUCCAAGUCGUCACCUCAUAUGCCCCAGCGCGCCAGUACACAAAUGGAUGAUAAGAACCGAACUGGAUCACUGUCUUCAAUACCGGAAACUACAUUGACGCCGCCUUCACGUUCAAACAGUGCAAAGCUUCCAGGCGGCCCGGGUGGGGCUCGGCCGCGCGGUCCCCGUUUAACGGUGCAGAUUCCGGAUGGCGGAUCAGAAGGUGGCGGCAGCGCGCGAACGGCUGAGUCAAACUCACCGCGAAAUCCCACCGAGACUGCUACACAAGUGCCUCAACGUCACAACUCGCAGUCGUCGCUCGUGCUUCCUCCUCCCUCUCCAUCUGCGUCAGCAAUACUGUCUGCAGGUGCUACGGGACCACCAAAUCCCUUUGCCCGACCUCCUCCUCAGCAGAAUGUGAAUGGUGAAACUCCUGUCUCUGCAUUGCCAUCACGUUUCUUGACAAAUGAACUUCUGCCGAGUCCUAGUAGCUUCUAUCCCGAUUGGAACUUCCGGGGAGGUGACAGUAAUACGCUGCCUAGUCCGCUCAAUUUUGCAACUCCCGUUGUUGGUUCAGGGCCUAGCUUCCUCCGAGAUGACUUGAACACGACGCCAAAUGCAAAUUCUAGUAUCUUGAAGGAAGUGAAGGAGCCUACAUCUAAUGCGAAUGGAGCUUCAACGCAGAGCUUGAGUGUCGGUGCUAGCAAUUCAACUGCAACGAAACGAAAGACUCCUGAGUUAGGAGCUACAGCAUCGAGUGAGGCUGCAGAAGAGUCAGAAGCAAAGAGGGUCAAGAUGGAAUAA